AUGCCGUCGCUCAAGGUACUCGUCGUCGGCCCGAAGGAGGGCGGCAAGACCGCGAUCGCCAACUUCCUGGCCGAGGGCACGGAUCGACUGGGGAACCAGGAGCGGUACCAGCCCACGAUUGGAGUCCGCAUUCUUGAAUGUGAGAAGAACCUCGGGCGCGGUCAAGUGAGCUUGGAGUUUUGGGACUGCUCGGGCGAUCAAAUCUACGAAGCGUGCUGGCCCGCCAUACUGAAGGACGCGCACGCAACGCUGCUUGUGUACAACCCCGAGAGCCACGUGCACGAGAGCGAAGUGACCUUGUGCCAAUGCCUCGUCUUCGCGCACUCGCCCAACAAGACGGGCGGGCGCGGCAAGGUGAACCUCCCGCCGACUCUUAAGACGGUGCAGACCAACUAUGAGGCUGCGACCGUUCUCAAGUCGGAGUUUGACUCGUUCCUUCUCACUGUCCAGGACGCCGUGCAGCGGCAGCAGCGCAGCCGCAAAUGA